UGGAUGGCGUUCAACAUUUAAUCACUUUCUUCGAAGGCAGAUGGUGUGUUGUAAACCAGAAUCUAAAUAAAAUUGUUACUAAUGAUUUAAAUAAUUGCACAUCCCUGUACAAUUAAUUAAAUCGAAACGCAAAAUGUCGACCGCCGCGAAAGCGCCUGUUACUAUUGGGCCAGAAUCAUGGAAAAACAGAUCACUCAGAGGAAUGAAACUUGGGCAAACUGUUAUUUCAAAUAGUGAUCGAAAUUGUGAUAUCGGUCGAUCAACAGAUGCUCUACCACUCAUCAGAGAUGUGCUAGCAACACUAAGCAAUGAUGAAAUUCGUAAAUAUAUGAGAGAAGUUAGAGUCAUCGUUGCAAAGCUUCGAGAAAGUCUUAUUGAAACGAAUGAAGAAAUAAAAGCACUCACCCGAGGCAAAGAGGCUUUAGAAAGAGCAUUGGAACAUACCCGUAAAGACAUUCAACUAAAUAAAGAUUCAAAAUUUGUCCGACUAACACGUCCACCUAUUGAAAAGGACCAUGACGGUGCUGAUGAUCUGUUGAAUGCUGAGUAUUCUCAUUUAGUUAAUUGCAAAAAGACUCUAGAGAUACAACUAAAAUCCGUUCAGCAACAUCUUCAAUGCCUUGAAAGUGUAAGAAAACAGACAUUCGCAAAUUUACAAGAGAGGUCUCGUGUUUUAGACAUACUCUGUCAAUCAUUGUCAGCAGUUUUGCGACCUGAAAGAGACAAUCUAGUCCUAAAACCCAAUCGCAGUCAAGUGGAAGGAAGGUUGUCAAUGGUUGACCCUAGCAAGAUGGGUUCUGACAAAAUUGAUCCUUUUGGCCCAUACACACCACAAGUAGAUACUGUUCUGGGGGAUGCAACAGAUGCUAGAAACCAGUCUGCAUAUUUGCGUCAAGAACUAAGAAACACAAUUGAUCGUGUUGAUAAAUUAAAGCAAGCAGCUCACAAAUCUGUCAAUGAUGGACUGACUAGGAAAGUUGCUGAGACAGUCACACUAAAACAACAUCUUAAUCUUGGCCUUGGAGAGAACAGACAUGCCGUACACAGAGCACAGCGUUGGUAUGACUCAACCGAGAAAGCAUUUGGAUAUACAUUGGGUCCAGUUAAAUAUUCAGAUCUGAAAACGAGUGAACAUUUUGACAGACCAUUAGUUCGUUUAUACCAAAGACAUCCAGGGACACAGCUACCAGAGGCCCAGGAAAUCAUCAAGUCAGGAGAUGGACUGCUACAGUCUCUGACAGCAACUAGCAGAAACAUUGGCAUGUUGAAAGUUGUUGAAAAGAGACUCCAAGAUGAUAAACGAAGCAAGAGUGCUGCUGCAGACAUUGACAGCAGUGUGAUUCGCAUGCGGCGCAGCAAGCAUGACCACAGAUGGUGCCUGGGAACUGCUUUUUAAUCAUUUGCUAUCAAUUGCCUAAUAAUGGAAUCAAGAUGGAUUAAGUCAAGGGUAUUAUGAUAACUCUUGCAUUCUACAAAAUGUGAUUUUUUUUUUAUUGCACUGAUUUUUUUUGGACUUUUAUAGCUUUCAAAAUAUGGCUUUUACAUUGGUCUUAGAUCAUCCUUUUGUUUAAUUCUAUGCUAACAAAGUAAAUAAUCAUCUUUGCAAUUUCAAAAUAAUAAUAUUUUCCAUAAACAAUUUUCAAUUUCAAAAUGACAGCCCAGGAGUUAUCCUUUUUCCACAAUUGGUAAAAGCUUUUAAAUAUUAUCACUAUUUGUUUAGCUGCUCUUUGAAAUUGUAAUUAUAUCCUUUUUUUAAAGCUUUAUUUCACCUAUUAUUUAACAAGUGUAAGAUUUAAAAAAAAAAACAAAUUUAGCCACUUGUAUGCAUUUUGUAUAAAAAAAAAAGUUAUAUUUUAACAAAUGUAGUUCUAAAUAUUUUCCAUCAGUAUUGCGGUUAACAGCUGAAUAAAAUGUCAUUGCUUAAGGACCUUUUUCCUUGGUUUGCUGUAUUAAUAUUUUUAUGCAAUCUGUCUCUAAUGAAAACUUACCAGUAUUUUCUACAGCACAGCAUUACACUUCUAUUGUAUGAAGGUAAUAAUUUUGUCAUCAUUUCAAAUACUCACAAUUAAGUCUUGAAUAAGUUUGUUCUGUUUCAAACAGACUUGCAACAAGAAACAAUAUUUAAAAUCUACUUAAGAUCAACAAUUGGCCAGAUAACACAACAUACAACUUUACACAUAAUUUAUAUAGCAGUACUUUUUCAUUGACCAAACCCUUUGAUGAUGGCUGUGAUAUAUGUCUCAUGUUUUUUUGUCUUCUAACACUUUCAUAACUAUAAUUGUCAAAUGUUAUUUAUAACACAGUUUGUAUUGUUCAAUGGAGGAACAGCGUUGUUGUUUUGGAAACUAAGCCCCUGAAAACAAAACAGAGCUAAAAGAUACUUGACUAAAUAUAGUUGGGGGACGCUCAAGACACAAUGGUCUCACUAUUAGAACAAAAUGCUUACUUUUAAACCUUGCUUUAAGAUUUCCUUAAAUUCUUUUUAUUGCACUUAACCAGACAUCUUAAAAUUCAUUUUAUUUAAUUAAAAACUCAUUCCAUUUACUAUCUCUCUAAAAAAACAAAAUAUUGACAAGGUCUGUAAUUGAUAAUGUGCACACAGUCUUCUUUUUUGAAGAUAAACCUAGAUCUAUAUUUUUGUUUCGAAAAAGAUGUUUUUCUAUAAAUUCAUUUUACUUGACAGAAAAUAAAAGUAUGGAAUUAAGACCAUUAUCUUAUAUGUUAAAGUAAACAUUAACUGGAAUAUACAUAGGAUUUGUAUGUUAUUCUCUCUUUUUUUUUUUAUUGGAAGGAACAUAUGUAAUUUUAUUUAUUCAUUUCUAUGCUUUAGAGUAUAAGACUUCAACAUUUUAAUUAAGUUACAUACCAGUAAGUCGCGGAACUAAUCUUUCAAGGAAGUUAUUAAAAAAGUUUGUUUUUUUUUAGAAUGUUUUGUUUAUGUGUAAGAUAGAGCUCAAUAUAUGCACUAGAUGUAAUGUACAAUCUAAAGUAAGCAAGUCAUGUCUCUUUAAAAAAAAAUUAUUGUCUUUCAACUCAAGAAUAUUAGUAUGAAUACUUCAGUCUUAUCAGAGCGGUUCCACGACAAUUCGUUCACUGACAUUUCGUUCACCGACAAAUCGUUCACGACUUUUCGUUCACGCGACUAUUCGUUCACCAGACAUUUCGUUCACCAGACAAUUCGUUCACGCGACAUAUCGCUCACGGACUAUUCGCUCACAGACAACUUGUUCACCGACAACUUGUUCACCGACAGUUGGUUCACGACAAAUCGUUCACGCGACAAAUCGUUCACGCGACUAUUCGUUCACGGCACGGACAAAUUGUUCACAGACAAAUCGUUCACUGGAUAGUAACAUAGCGUUAAUUUUAUAUAUUUUCGUCGCGUGUUAAAUUUAUUUACAUUAAAACUUUUGUAGCUAUUAUUUCCAAAUGCAAAAAAUUUCUAGAGAUCAGGUCAAAUCCGAGUUUAUUAAAUUUCGUUGUUGUUGUUGUUGUUAAUAUUUUGUUAAUGAGGACAGUAUGUGAUAAAAAUUAUACUUAAAAUAAAAAAAAUAAAAAAGAGAUCUUACAAGCUAGCUGAAAAAUGUAAACGGGCCCUCACUUUACUAUAGGUAACAUUUUUACUUUCACCUUUAAUAUAACUUUACACCCCCCUCUUUUUUUUUUCAUCUACCGGGAAUUUACCCAUUCAUCUGGAUACUCUAGUUUACACCUAGUGGAGUGCUAGACAGACUUGCUCCUCUGGAAGUAAUAAAACUUUAUUGGACAUUGCCUAUACACAUGUUCAAUCUGUUAACAUUGAAAAUAUCUACUAGACACUAUAGUAUAGUACUUUCCAUCAAGUUUAAAAGAAGUUUUAUUUUAUUUUUAUUUUAGUUAACUUAUUUCUGUAUGUGAUUGAUUGCUUGGACUUCAAUAACAAUUUUAUUGAAACAAUUUUAUUUUGUUGUAUUGCGAUAAAUUAUAAUUUUUUUGAUAGGGAACCAAAAUAUUUCCUAUAUAUAUAGUGUUGUACAUGUAAUUAGUUGUUUUUUUUCUGAGAUGUCUUAAUUGAUAAGUAUUAACCUUAGAUCUGUAUCUAGUACGUGACGUUCAGAGUUGAACAGUGAAACCAUAUAUUGUACCAAAUCUAGUACCAUUGUUAAAAAGCUAAAUUAUCUCUCUGAGCUAGUCAGGAAAACCAGCGACUUGGCAGAAUGCAUGACGCGUAGGACGUAAUCAUCUUCUUUUUGAAGAAACGUCUGUAUUAUAUAAGAUAAAAUUUGUUUUUGUUAUAAAGAUAUCAAUAAAAUGGGUAUGUUAAUUAAACAUCUGGACCGCUAUUAAGAAGAUAAGCAAAUAUGGGUAGGUCGAACAAGACUACAUGAUGGACGAGUGUCAAAGAAGGCCUACAAGUUGAAAGUAAAAAUGUUACCUAGAGUAAAGUGAGGACCCAUUUAAAUGUUUCAGCUUGCUUGUAAGAUCUCUUUUUUCUUUUCAGUAUAAUUUUUUAUCACAUACUGUCCUCGUUAACAAAAUAUUAACAACAAACAAACGAUCUCUAGCAAUUUUUUGUUUUUGGAAAUAUCCAGUGAACGAUUUGUCUGUGAACAAUUUGUCUGUGAACGAAUUGAUAGUGAACGAUUUGUCGCGUGAACGAUUUGUCGUGAACCAACUGUCGGUGAACAAGUUGUCGGUGAACAAGUUGUCUGUGAGCGAAUAGUCCGUGAGCGAUAUGUCGCGUGAACGAAUUGUCUGGUGAACGAAAUGUCUGGUGAACGAAUAGUCGCGUGAACGAAAAGUCGUGAACGAUUUGUCGGUGAACGAAAUGUCAGUGAACGAAUUGUCGUGUCCCCUAUCAGAGCUAUAGGUUUUUUGUGUCUAAAUAUGAGUUCUCUGCACUUUUCCUUGAAUUGCUGAAACUUAGAGCUAUUUAAACUUCAGUAUUACUCAAUGUUUUGUCUGUGUUCAUUAAUUUCCUAUUUUCAAAACAAAGAUUUUUACUUUAUUGAGAUAUUUUGAUAGAAUGUAUAAUACAUACAGUCAAUUAAGGAAGGUGAAGUGUUUCACUACUUGGUUUAAUAUAUACUGUAAUGUUUUUAAAUGAUAAGUACAGAUUCUUUUUUUUUUUAAAUUAUGUUGAUUUUUUUAAACAUACAUUUAAAGGAUAAUACUGAAAUUAAUUAAAUUACAUACAUGUCCACAAUAUUGAUAAGUAGACUAGAAAAUUAAUGUAUCAUCAUGUUUUGAAAAAUGUUCCUGUUUUAUAUAAUUAUAUAUAUACACACACACUUGGAAGUAGCCUUUUUAACUCAGCCUUUAGUAAAACUAUUUCUACUUUAUCAGA